CAAACAGGACUUGUUCUGCUGGGCUUGGAGAGCCCCGGCCCCUGCCGUGGCAUGGGCAGGACUCCGGCUUCCUUGUGAAAUCCUCGGUGGCAUUAAAGCGCUCCGCUUUGUUUCCUGGUCUCGCUCUUCCCCGCCGCCGUGGGCCGCCCCUGGGGGGCGGCUGGAAGCUGGGACGCCCCGGGAGCUGUUCCCCGAGCCCCUCGGGGUGCUUGGUCCUGGCUCCCGGCCCUGCUGGGCGAGGGCCAGAGGUGCCCCAGGGCUGGGAGGGCAGGGGAGACAUCGGGGCUGUUUAACCAUUAAACCUGGGGCGUCUUGGGAGAGGCGGGGACGCUGGCUUCGCUGCCACUUCACCCUGUACCUUGAUCCCCCUCGCACUCGCUGCAGCCAUGAAGCAAAUGAAAGGGCUCGAGGGCGACAAGACGUCCAUCAUAAAAUUUGAAUUUAACCCCAAAGAUGGGAUCGACAACCCUGCCUUGUCGCUGGCUGAGGACACGGAUGGCGAGGCCGCGGGGGAGCCCCGCUUCUACCUCCUGAGCAAGGGCAGCGCGGAGACCUUCGGCUUCUGCCUCCACGAGGAGCUGGGCAGCCAGGGCCACGUCGUCCGGCAGGUGGAGCUGGGGGGGCUGGCCCAGCGCAGGGGGCUGCGGGACGGGGACCGGCUCCUCCAGGUCAACGGGCACUUCGUGGACCACCUGGACCACCAGCGGGUGGUGCAGAAGAUCAAGGCCAGCGGGAACCAGGUGCUGCUGGCGGUGCUGGACGGCGAUUCCUACAAAGCGGCCAAAGCCCUGGGCAGGGACCUGGCCCAGCUGCUGCCCGCUGACGUCCGCCCGCGCCUCUGCCACGUCAAGAGGGACAAAAGCGGCUUCGGCUUCAGCGUGUCGGGGCCGGAAGGCACCAAGGGCACGUUCCAGCUCUCGGUGCGGCAGGACGGCCCGGCAGACAGGGCAGGGGUCCCGACGGGCUCCUGGCUCCUGGAGCUGAACGGGGCCAGCGUGAGGAGCUGCUCGCGCUCCCAGCUCACCCGGAAGCUGAAGCAGAGCGGCAGCAGGAUGACGCUGCUGGUGGCGUCCAGCGCCGUGGAGGAGUUUUACCGCCUGCGGGGGCUGCAGGUGCCGGCCGCCUCGGCAGACACCUCCUGGCUGCCCUACAAAGCUCGCGAGCUGCACAUGGUGAAGGGCCCGGCUGGCUACGGGUUCCUGCUCAAGGAGGACGACUACGGCGCCGGGGCUAUAGGCCAGUUCCUGUGGGAGGUGGACGCCGGGCUGCCGGCCGAGCGGGCGGGGAUGAAGGAAGGGGACCGCGUCCUGGCGGUGAACGGCGAGAGCAUCGAGGGGCUGGACCACCAGCAGACGGUGCUCAGGAUCCGCGCCCACGAGGACUGGGUGACGCUGCUGGUCAUCGACCCCGCUAGCGACGAGUUCUUCCGCUCGAUGGGGCUGUCCCCUCUGCUGUUCCUCGAGGACGGCGACCCUGCCUCGGGCUCCUGCACGCCCUCCCUGCCCUCUCCCCACGGCUCCCCCGGGCUCUGCCACGUUGACGUGGGACCAAAGGGACCCGGCUCCUGGCUGGUGGCUGCUGCCAACAGCAUAACCAUCACCCAGAGCCCGUGCAAGGAGGACCAGAGGCGGCUGCACGAGGCGUUCUAGGGGCCCCCACCGUGACCCCACCAGGUCCAGCCUGCUGCUGCCCCCGGUUCCGGCUCCCCGGAGAGCAGAGGAGCUGCUCGGGAUGCCCAACGCUGCGCCUCUGCGCCUGGGAUGGGGCUGCCAGCACCUCGCACCUCGCAUGGACUCGCCUCCGCUGCCCGAGGCUGGCCCCAGGCUUUUAUUAGUGGCGGCCUGAAGGCAGAGCUGCGCCUUUGCCGGCCCCGAUGCCUCCAGGAGUGUUUAGGGACGCGGCACUCGAGCCCUCGCCCAGCUCCAGGCUCUGGGAUUGCUCCCAGGAGAGCCGAGGUACUGCCCUUCACGCCAUGACCCGGGGCCAUGGGGAGCCUGGAGCUCGGCUCAGCCCAGGGCUGGCCCUCGGGCGAAGGGGAGAAAGAGCAGCGGAGGCCCCGGGGCACUGGAGGAACCCCCCAGCUCUGAGCCGGGCUCGGGUCUGGCCCCGCAC